GCCGAUGUAGGCUAUUGGAAGUCACGCGAGCGGAUCGUUUUGAUGGGAAGAUGGUAAAGAUGGAAGAAAUGAUGCUUGCGAGAAGCUGAAGUUCGACAACCAUUUGGGCUUGUACUAAUAAGAAUACGUCUUUUUUGAGGGCGACAUGAAGUGCGACAACCAAGAGUACACCACUCAUAGGCGACUGAAACAAAAGGAGAUGAGGACGAUUUGCACCGCCUUCGAGAAUGACUUCUCCACCAGUAAGAAAUUUUACAGACACGAACUUCCUCAUGCAGGAAUCAAACUAUAUUAAGUGUGACGAUUGCGAGUGCUUCACGCACGGAGCUGGAUAAGAACGAUGGACGAUGUAAGGACUUGCUCGAUAAGGACGUGGUCUUGCACCAACAGAAGUACAUUGCUCCGAUUGCGACAUGACAUUCGACUAUCCGAAUGGAUCCACAGCCUACAAGCAUCUAAAACCUAAGCAGAUAGGAACGAUCUGUGCCAUCUUCUCUUGCAAAGAGUCCGCUUUGAAUAUCCGUGAUAGCGCCGUAUGAAGCUGAACUACGUAACCAAAAGUCGAAAGUUAAUAGAAGAUAUUGCAUGUGAACGAAGGAUGGGAGUAAAUUAUUCACUUAGCCGUGAAAUGGUGUUCUGGGCUGAAAAUAGGAUGAAGGUCUAGGAAGAAAGACGAUCAAUUAGUGUUGUAUGAUCAUUUUGGUUGGAGUGCAGAGGGACGUCCGGCCAAAGAAACAACACCAUUGAUGAUGUCCGUAAUCUGCUUCGUAUGCAAAUGGUCUCUACUUAGCGGUGAAGAGUUCUACGAGCAGAUACUUAUGUUGGGAGCAAGUCCCACAUCCAUGAAAUCUGAGACAUCUGCAAUGAGUCUUCGGUUGGUGCCGAUGAGAACUGAGAUCUCGGCGUCUCCUCUUGUGCUGCAAUCUCUGCUGAUAGUAAUUAUCGUGAAACUUAACAAGCUGUUCCUGCAAAAGUACUGAUAGAUAUGUUGAAGAUAUGAUACACUUGAACUGCAAAUGUAGUAUAUCGUCGAGAGUUACCUUCCAAAGGAGGCAGCACUGAAUAUGAAUUAAAAGAAUAUAUGCAUAAGAGAGUUCAACUCAAGAUUUCAUUUCAAAAUGUCCGCUUCUUCUUAUCGAAUGACAUCCCUAAGACAAGCACUGAUCCACUUCAAAUCCAGCCUUAUGUGAUGAUUGAAAUCCACGGGAAACCAGCUUGGGUGCCACUUUCAGUGGUAGAGCCGAAAACCCUUCUUGAAGAAGCUCACCCUUCCCCCUGCUCCGACUUUUUGAAAUAUUCCCUAUGGAAGGACUCGGCACCCCACAGACCAACAAACCUACCAACAGAUCAGGAUAUCAAUUCCACUGGUUGCAGCCAGACGGAGUCUCAAGCGGAGGAUGUCGAUAAGAUCCUAAGUAGCGUUCGAAGCACUUGUCCGUUCUGCGGCAAAAGAUUGAAGGAUGAGCAAACGGUCGAGAAACAUGUCAAAAUGAAGCACCGAAAGCCUUUCGAGUGCGAUCUAUGCAACCGAGCUUUCCGCACAUCUCAAGAGGUCGGCAAGCACAAGAUCGGUCACGAAAACGAAGACUUGGAGUGCUCGGUCUGCAACCUGAAGUACAAGACCAAGAUGGGUCUGAAGCAGCACCGCAUCAGGACGCACAGCAGCUGCGAAUCUAAGUACAUUUGCGACCACUGCGGGAAAAGCUACAAGCUUAAAAACGACCUGAUGCUUCACAUAGGAAGAACCCACAUGACGGAGAAAAGCGUGUGUCGUUAUUGCGGGAAGGAAGUCAGAGAUGUCAGGAACCACGAGUGGCAGCAUCAGAGACGAAGUCGAGUUACCAAUUACAAGUAUCCCUGUUCCCUCUGCGCGAAGAAGUUCCACACGAAGAUGAAGCUGGACAAUCAUCUCGUGAAGCACAAACAAGGAUUCAGGUGUCCCGAGUGCGAGGUCGAAUGUCGCAGUCCGAAAGCUCUCGCCAAUCAUAGACGUCUGAAGCAUAACCCUGCCUGCAUGAUCUGCACCAUCUGCAAGAAGGUGUUUCCUUCCAGCAGCAAUUUCUACCAGCACGUGCUCACUCAUGCCGGGAUCAGACCGUACAAAUGCGACAUUUGCGACGAAAACUUCACUCAACGCUCGCCGAUGCUCAGACAUAGGAAGUCUCAUCCUGGGCCAUUACCACCUACGCCUCCACCCACGGCCAUUGCGGAACUUGCUAAAAGAGUGUUGCAGAAAUUCUGAUUAAAAUAGGAAGUCUCGUCCUGGAUCAUUACACUUAACGCCUCCACCCACGGCUAUUGCAGAACUUGCUAAAAAAGUGUUGCAGAAAUUCUGAUCGACACAGAAAGUCUCAUCCCGCACCAGUACGUCCAACGCGUCCACACACUGCCAUUGCGGAACUCGUUAAAAAAAUGUUGCAACAAUUCUGAUAAAAAUUACACAUUGAAAUAAAUGCUUUGCGCUAUUUGUUGCUUCAUAUAUGAAGGAUUCACGGAGGGAGAAGAACGUGUGGUAAAGAUAUCAGAGAUGUCGGAAGCCACAAGUAGCAGCAUCAGAGACAAAGUCAAAUCACCGGGUACAAAUAUCCCUGUGUUCUGUGUGGAAAAAUUCUACAUAAAGCUAGACGAUUAUCUUGUGGAACACAAACAGAAAGUCAGAUGUCCCGAAUGCGGAAUUCGCUAAAAAGUGUUGCAAAAGUUUCGAUUAAAAUGGUGGAUUAAGAUGAAUGCUGUCGAAUUAAUGAUGCCUUGCCGGAAUCGCCACGAUAGCCAACGAAUCAUUCUAAACACAAAAGGUGUUGAUUUUGCGAUAAAAAGAAAAAUGACUUUCGGCGAAACAAAUCUUCAGGAGUGGAAUAAAAAGAACAUAACAAUCUCGAGCUUGUAUUUUCUGUGUAUCGCUCCUGUUUGUAUCAGAGAACUGCAGCCACCUUUUCAUGGCAAUUCUUCGUACUUCUUAAUAGUGUCCUUAUCAUGACGAUUAUUUAAAGUGUGAUUGUGGUAAAGAUAAACCAAGUGAUAGAACUUACAUUUCCCUCGAGAAAUGUGCUAUGAAGACAGUUACCGUUAGUUCUUGUUUGUAUAAUGUUAAUCUUGUCAAUAUUGUAAUAGUUCAGUUGAAUGUCACUCAAGUGAAGUACCAACGGUUGAGACAAUUCAUACGCAUUGUUUAACUAUUUAAAAUACAGAUACAGAUUAGAUAUAAAUGAUUUAUGUAAAUAGCGUUUUCAAUAUAUGUUGCACGAGUAGUGUUUUACGAAAUCGUCUCUAAGAGAUACUGUUUUUGUACAGUUCAUGUCAGGAACUGGAAGUUAUAAAACUAGUGACUUCUUCA